AUGCCUACCCAGAAAGCCAUCGUUGUGACAGAGCUCGGCAAGCCCGUUACUCUCGUCGAGGACUGGCCUAUCCCCGAGCCUGGCGCCAACCAGGUGCAGCUCAAAGUGACCGUUGCUGGCCUCAAUCCUCACGACAUGAAGAGCCGGGAGAUGGGACUCUUCGUUGCCGAGCAUCUCCCCGCGGUCAUAACCAACGAUGCUGUCGGCAAGGUCACCAAGCUAGGUCCAGGCGUUACUGAUAUUUCUAUCGGCGAUCGCAUCGUGUACCAGCCAGGAUUCACAGGGGACUCGGCACAGGCCGGCCUGCAAGAGUAUGCCACUGCAGACCGGGCCUACCUGGCAAAGAUCCCAGACUCCAUCACAGACGACGAAGCUGCUACAUUGCCGACCAACAUUGCCGCCCCCUUGGCAGCUCUAUAUCACUCGCUGAAGAUCCCCGCCCCGUGGACACCUGCUGCUAAAGAGUUCGACUCCGCCAGCGUGACUCUCCUCAUCGUCGGCGGCGGUUCCAACUGUGGCAAGUUUGCCGUCCAACUCGCCAAGCUCGCCAAUAUCGGAAGUAUUGUUGUCCUGGGUGGUGAUGAGGCCGAGUUAAAAUCCUUUGGGGCCACCCAUGUCAUCGACCGCCAUGCUGACUACGACACACUUCUCGCCCGUAUUCGUGACGUAGUCGGCGAUGACCUCGUCUACGCCUUCGACGGCAUCAAUGAGCCCGAGGGCCUGGUGCUCCCGCUAAAUGCCCUAUCCAGCACCAAGAAGGGCUCUCUGGUCAGGCUAAUUCCUUUCGGAAAAGUCGACGAGUCGAAAAUCGUGGGCAAGAAGGCCGGCUGGGAGGUACUUGAUGUAUAUGGUGUCUCACAGGAGCAUCCUGAGCUUGCGGGUGGGCUUUGGUCAAGGGUCACCGGUUUCCUCGAGACUGGUCAGAUUAAGCCGCUGGGUUAUACUGUGAAGAAGGGGCUUUUGGCGAGCAACGUCAAUGAAGUGUUGGAUGCGUAUAGAGACGGGAAGAAGGUCACCAAGACACAUAUCCACUUGUAA